AUGCCAGAUCUUUUGGUUGCAUCUUUAUUUAACACACUUCACCCCUGCAUUUUCUUGCCAUUUCCCAGUACAAAUAGUCUACAGUGCCUACGUCUUGCAUGUUGCUAUCAGAUUUCAGACAAAGGAUUGUGUGAAGUUGCAAACAAGCUUCCUCAGUUGGAGGAACUCGAUAUGUCAAUCAGCAACAUAACCAAGGAUUCUCUGGAAGCUAUUGGCAGGAGUUGCCCUCUCUUAAAAUCACUGAAAUUCAACAUGGAAAGUUACAGACGUCCACACAUUGAGUGUGAUGAGGAGGCAUUUGCUAUUGCAGAAACCAUGCAUGGGUUACGUCAUCUCCAGCUUUUCGGAAACAAACUGACUAAUGAUGGCCUGCUUGCUAUUCUUGAUGGCUGUCCUCACCUUGAAUCGCUUGACUUAAGACAGUGUUUCAAUGUUAAGUUGGGAGGAAGUUUGGGGAAGAGAUGUGCUGAACAGAUUAAAGAGUUACGGCUUCCAUAUAAUCCCGUUGAUGAGUUCCCGUUUGAUGCUGAAAUUGAUUAUGGAUCACUUGAUGAAGAUUACCCUUCUGGGAUCUCUGACAUAGAUUUCUUGUCUGAUGAUGAUUAUCACCAUUAUGAAUUUUCAGGUGGUAGUGAGUUUUCUGAAUAUGAUCAAGAUCAUGAUCAAUAA